AUGUCCGCUUCAGCCUUGGCUUUUGAUAAAGUUGGUAGCACACCGACUGAGAAUCUGCAUUUCCACCACUUCGACCCUCCCGAUCUCCAACACAAUGAAGUCCUUAUCGAGAUGAUUGCAGCACCCGUCAAUCCCCAAGACAUCAUGGUACUGCUCGGUCGAUACCCAGUCUCGCCUUCAUUUAAGAUCUACGAGGAAUCGAUCCCUGGAUAUGACGGCGUGGCGCGGGUCGCAUCUGUCCAUCCCUCUGUGCUCACGAAUGGAACUCUCAAACCGGGCGACUUGGUAAUUCCUACCCGUCAUGGUGUAGGAACCUGGCGCACUCACGCUGUCCUUCCGGCCAACCUGUUGCUCAAAAUCUCGCCCGAAGUUGACUGCCGGAUUGCCGCAGUGUUGCGUAUGGGAGUCACGCCUGCAUAUCUGCUACUCGAAGACAUGGCAGUGCUCCGGCCGGGAGACUGGAUCAUCCAGAAUGCUGCGUCGGGGGUCAUUGCGCAGUUUGUGACCCAGUUCGCACAAAUUCGUGGUCUUCAUACAAUCAGCGUUGUGCGUGAUAGGGAAGAUAUUGAACAGCUUCGUGCCGAACUUCAAUCGAGAGGGGCAGACAUUGUAAUUACGCAGUCGGAGCUUGAAGCCAAAGGCGCCGCCUCAUUUGAGAAAGAAGGGAAGCGGAUCAUGCUUGCACUGGAUGCCGUCUUUGGGCAUUCCGGCUCUGCACUGGCAACACAGCUCUCUCCUGAUGCAACUUAUAUAAACUAUGGCUCUUUGGGCGACCCUCAAGGCACCGUGGGCAUUCAAAUCACCCAGCAGCAAUUGUUCUGGAAGCAAAUCACCUUCAAGAAUUUUCGGCUGACACAGUGUCUCGGGAUGCGCUCCCAGGCGCAAAUUAACGAUAUGAUGACUUGGUUUGGAGAGCUUGCGGUCAAAGGUUUUCUACAAAUACCACGAGUUGAAACGGUUCAGUGGAGUGAGAGUGUGAUAGACCUGAUUAGACUACAGUCGGAAGAUAUCCUCCGUGGUUCAAAGUUCACUUCAAAAAUCAUGGCGUCCUGGGACAAUCGCGAAGUCACGAACCGCCAUCUUCUCCCCUAUGUCGAUGCUGAAAGCGCGCCUCCUGAAGUGGCGGCCGCACUCAACACGCUUCCGUUCCAACGCAACAUCUUCAAGCUUCUCGCCAACGCCCAAGUCAACUUCCCGCCGUUUAUGAAGCUUCUCGCCACCUGCUGGAACCCCGACCUCUCUUUGCGCUCCUCAGAGUACCAAGUGACGGUUCUGCGUACGGCGUCCUUGCUAGACGCCCCCUAUGAGUGGGAUGUAAAUGAACCCGUGGCGCGUGUUCUCGGGUUCGAUACCGACGAGAAGUUGCACCUCAUUCGUAUCGGCGAUCUCUCUAAUACACAAUUCUUCACACCCCGCCACCGAUUGAUUAGCCAGAUGGUUUUCCAACUGGUGCACGACAAUGUUGUUAGCGAGGCAACGAUGCGCCAGGCCAUUGAGUUGCUGGGGAAUGCUGCCACGAUGGAGGUCAUGAUGAUUCAUGGUGUUUACUCUAUGUUGGCACGGAUCAUGAACAGCGUAAGGAUUGAUUUUGAUCCUCCUAUUCCCGGUUUGGAGGACAAGCUGCGCAAGUACAACGCUGUUGCCAUUCAGAAGGAAAAGGAAGCGGCCGCGCAGGAUUGA